CAAAAAAUUCAAAUUUAAUUCGAGUAGGCCCGUACGUACGAUUUCCCCCUCUCCACCCACUGACAACCCCAUUCAAACCCACUCAUAACCAGACUAACUUCUUCACGCCACUGCCGACACAACAACUCUCUCCUCUCUCCCCGAUUCAUCCCACCGGCGACACCCUUCACAAAUCUUAACAGUUUCUGAGCUUCGGUUACGCUUUUCUGUACUGAAAUCUACUUUUUCUGAGCUUCCGAUUCCCCAUUAUAGCAAUGAAAAAAAGUCACAUUCCGUCUUACCUGGAUCGAAAAUGGUUUAUGCCCUUGCUUACUGUUGCCGUACUCUCUGUCAUACUACUUGCUAUGCUAACCCUAGGGCAGAGUAAGAUUUCUUCGUCGGCCGAAUUUUCUUAUGAACGGCCGAGUUUCUUGGCUCUGGACCGGAGUUUCGGGGCGGGGAAUGACCGGCUAGGGCUUCCGAAGUUGCCGAGAUUGGCGUACUUGUUAUCGGGCACAAGCGGGGAUGGUCCGCGCCUGAGGCGGCUUCUUCAGGCGGUGUAUCACCCGAGGAAUUAUUAUCUGUUGCAUCUUGAUCUGGAGGCUUCUGAUGCCGAAAGGCUUGAGCUAGCCAAGUUUGUGAAAUCGGAGAAUGUGAUUAGGGAGUUCAGGAAUGCGAUGGUGGUUGGGAAGGCCAAUUUGGUCACGUAUAAGGGCCCGACGAUGAUUGCUUGCACGCUGCACGCGAUUGCGCUACUGUUGAAGCGAGCCAAGGAUUGGGAUUGGUUUAUUAAUCUCAGUGCCUCGGAUUAUCCUCUCGUCGCGCAAGAUGAUCUCUUGCAUAUUUUCUCAUACUUGCCCAAGGAUCUGAACUUCCUCGAGCAUGCAAGUGAUAUUGGAUGGAAAGAAAAUCAGAGAGCGAGACCUAUCAUAAUAGAUCCGGGUUUGUAUCAUGCCAAGAAAUCUGGUGUUUUCUGGGCUAAGGAGAAAAGGUCUAUUCCUGCUUCUUUCAAGUUAUUCACAGGUUCUGCAUGGGUGGUGCUGACCAAAUCGUUUCUAGAGUUUUGUGUUUGGGGAUGGGAUAAUCUUCCUCGCACUUUGCUUAUGUACUACACAAAUUACCUUUCAUCGCCUGAGGGCUACUUUCACACUGUUGCUUGCAACCACAAAGACUAUCAGAACACAACUGUAAACCAUGAUUUGCGAUAUACAAAGUGGGACAACCCUCCAAAGGAACACCCGAUGAAUUUGACACUAGAACACUUCAAUGACAUGCUCCAGAGUGGUGCUCCUUUUGCACAUAGGUUUGCCAAAGAUGAUCCUGUUCUAAAAAAAAUCGAUGAAGAGAUACUAAGGAGAUCAGAUGGACAGUUUACGCCAGGUGGCUGGUGUGUGGGGAGUUCUGUAUUAGGUAAAGAUCCUUGUGUUUUUUACGGAAAUCCUAAUGCAGUUAAACCAACUGUAAAGUCAAAGAGACUAGAAAAACUAAUAGUGAAACUUCUUGAUUUAGAAAAUUUCAGGUCUAAACAGUGUAAAUAAUCUUGCAAUGCUUCAAAUUUUCCCACCAUUUUUUAUUCAACCUGCAAUGUUGGGUUAUUAUCUGGAGAACUACUUUGUUUUCAGUGAAAUGCAUGUGUACAGGUUCUUUCUAAUUGAAUACAGUGAAACAGCUGUGCUGAUGAG